CAGUCUAUGUUCCCAACCGAGAAUAUAUAUGAGUGAGACCUUUUUGCGGAAUUUACUAUUCACUUAAACUGUUACGCACAAUUCACGCCGUGACGUAGAGCUGCUAGUAGUAGAGCACAACGGCUACUGAAAGUGCGUAACUCGACAGCGGUGGUCGGCUCAGUGACAUCAGUGGAGCAGGUUGUGUCUUACUUGGCGGGUCGUAACAAUUUGGAGAAAAUGGCGACGCGGAGGAUCACACAGGAGACCUUUGAUGCUGUUGUCAGGGAGAACAUGGAGGAGUUUGAGAUGGAUCCUGAUGAGGCUUUGAAGGAGGCUGUGGUGCAGUUUGAGUCUCAAGGUGUGAACCUCAGUUAUAUAGUAAAAACUGCGCCAGCUGUAUCAUCUGAUGACAAACAAGAAGAGCAAACACAUGAGAUCUUACAGGCUUUGGAUUCUCUCCGCAUUGGAAAAGACUCUGUCGGUGUUAAGGAAGUUACAGCAGACAUGAAACGCUUCACUGAGCAAUGCUCACUUGGGUUUGCCCAGAGGUACCUGGCUGCCCAAAAAGACGCCUACCCUGUCAUCCUCUUUUACUGCAAAAAGAGCAUGGAGGAGCAGGAAGAUGUGUUGACCGCCCUGUCUGCGCUGGUUGCACUGACAGAUAGACAGCCAGACUUGUUGGAUGCAGAGGGUCAGCAGUUCCUUAUGAAUGUCCUGAAGAAGUACGAGGCGGAUUCCUCUGUGACGCGUGUAGCCAUCUGUGUUGUGCGUCAAUGCUGUUUGAAACACGAACAGAACAGGCAGGAUUUGAUAAAAGGUGGCGUCUUGACUCUGCUGACCGGUGCCGCUACACAACACAAAGGAUGUGCUGAGCUGGUCAAGGAGGCCUCUGCAGCCCUCAGGGUCAUGACCUUUGAUGAUGACGUCCGAGUUACGUUUGGGAAUGCUCAUGAACACGCCAAGAUUAUUGUUCUUGAGCACAAUGGACUGAAGGUUUUAAUUGAGGCUGCGAAAGCUCACCCUGAUAAUACUUCAGUUCUGAGUGAACUGUGUUCAACUCUGUCCCGUCUGGCUGUGAGGAACGAGUUCUGUCAAGACAUCUGUGAUCUGGGAGGGUUGAAACUCAUCAUGACGCUGCUUGCGGACAGCUACGAGACAGCGGAGUUGGUUCGGCAGGUCCUUAGUGCAAUACGAGCCAUAGCAGGAAAUGACGAUGUGAAAGAUGCAGUUGUUAAUGCUGGUGGAGUCCAGCUCAUUGUCUUUGCCAUGAACAGACACAUGAACAACUCUGCUGUGUGUGAGCAGGGCUGUGCAUGUCUCUCUGUCCUUGCUCUGCGUAAACCCAACAACUGCAAAGUCAUCAUGGAAAAUGGAGGUGCCUUGGCUGCUGUGCAGGCUAUGAAAACACAUACUGAUGUGCUCAAUGUGCAGAAACAGGCGUGCAUGAUGAUGAGAAACCUGGUUUCACAUAUAAGUGACCUAAGCAAACAAUUCCUGGAGAUGGGAGCAGAGGCCCUGAUAACCCAGGCACUACGGACCCACCAAGACUGUGGUGACGUGGGUAAAGCAGCCCUCAGAGAUCUGGGAUGCCAGGUGGAGCUCCGAGAGCUGUGGACCGGCAAACAUGGCAGCCUCACCCAGUGAAAGUAGAGGAGAGCAAUCACUGUACACUCUUACCAUGAGUUUGCCUGACGUGCUUUAGAUGAAAUGUUAUGUUGGUAUACAUGGCCGAAGAGUUUAAGCAGAUGCAUCUACCCAGGUAGACGUAUUUGUUAAAAGUAGUUGAUGUAGAAAAGGCUUGUGAGCAAGCUGAAAGGCCCACACAACACCUUUGAGAGGUUGAAUAUGCUUUCCAGUCCUUUUUCUGUUUCUGACAAGUACAAAAAAGGUCAUUGUAGUACUUCUGUGUAGUUUGUGUUGGAGUCUGAGUCUGAACAGCGUAGCCACAUGCGAGCGCACAUGGGACACUGACCCGGAUUGAUUUAUACGUGUAAGAAGUUACAAACAGUCCCUUUAAGAUUCCUUUCCCAUGUUGGCAGAGCCAAAUUUUAAUUUUAUUGAAUGCCUUGUACUUGUACUCAAUCUAAACAUGUACUUUUUAUGUUUUUUUUAGUUUGUAUAUGUAUUAUUACAGUGUAAAACUAAAAUACCUACCCCAACCACUGA